GUGCGCCCAACGGUCCACCAGGGCAACUCGCCAACUCCUCUACGAAGCCUGGCACAGGGUUCAAACCUCCCGACCGUUGGAGACCCCUGCCCCUAUGCGGGUAUGCCCAUUGCCCACCCCCACGUUCUUCUCCCGAUCGGCUCCACCUCAUCCAUCCCUCAUUCCCUCGCCGACGUUUCCUCCUCCUGCUUCAUUCACUCGUCUUCCAGUUCCUCGCCGCUUCAGGGGGCAGACGCAUAAUUUGAUUGAGCUAGCGAGCGAGAGCCGAUGGCGCUGGACACAGGAACGGUGGCGGCGGGGGCGAUCGACGAGGCGUACGAGUUCUCUGCGCCCAGGUUCUUCGAUUUCAUCACCGAGGAAACGGAGGAGGCCGUACGCGCCGCCGAGAGCUGGUUCGAGGCCGCCCGCAGCCACGCCCCGUCGCCGUUCAACCCCAGGAUAAAGGAAUCGAGGGCGGAAGCCAAGGUCGCUGUCCUCUGCGAUUUCGCGGAAGCCGAGGAGCCGGCUCCAGAGGCGGUGCCCGUGGAGGUGGCAGCAGGAAGCGUCUCGGUACACGGAGCAGAUGCUAUUGAUGGUGCUCAAUGUCCUGAGGCAAUAUCGGAAUCGCCGCCGGCUUCACAUCCGGCUCAAGAAGAGAAGGAUAAAUCGCCCCAAUCGUUCGAGUUCCUCUCGGCGACAGACCUAUCCGUAAAAUCAGAUGGUGGUGCUGCCAGCACGCCUAAGAUGCAGACGCGUCCUCCUUCUCCUUCUACCAAAAUUGCACCUCCAAUUUCGACAUGUGACAGCUCUUCAGUGAAUACUGGUGCGCGCACGCCAAAGACGCAGGCGAACAUGUGCAGAGCAGCUACUAUGGCUGCUUCGACGAAUGCCAAGGGGAGCGUGAUCAAGGGUGGUUGUGAUUUGGUUGGGACUGGAAAGGCAGCCACUGCUGGCGCUGAAAUUGCACAAGCGAACCAAGCGGUGAAGAGGCAGAAGCUUGAUGAUGGAAGAGCCAGACAGAUACUCAAUGUUAAGACUAAGGUCCUGCCUCAUAAACGGAGAACUGAUUUAGCUGUAAGCAAUGAAGUGAGGAGGUCCCGUGAGGAUAUGUGUUCUCUGAAGGAAGCAACAACAUAUGUAUCAACUGCAGAAUUGGUUAAGAAGUUUGAAUCAGGGACCAGAAAGCUGAGCAUCACUCACAGCAGAUCUCGUUCUCGUGACGAUGCUGCAUUACAGGGAAGGCCUAAGCUUGUGUUAACUAGACCUAAGGAACCUGAGUUCCAGACUUCCCAAAGAAUCCGAGCAGUAAAAGUAAAGAGCUCUGCAGAGAUAGAGGAGGAAAUGUUGGCAAAGAUACCCAAGUUCAGGGCACGGCCAUUCAACAAAAAAAUUGCUGAAGCCCCUUCGUUCCCUCCACUUCCAAGGAAACCCCCACAGAUUUCUGAAUUCAGUGAAUUUCAUCUUAAAACAAUGGAGAGAGCAAGUCGAUAUGCGGACACCUGUUCGGAAGUAUCUUGUGCAGAUACUAUCCGGAGUCGAAAUAAGCCACUGAAAUCGACACAACGAAAGCCACCGCAACUUCAUACAGCAAAUAGAGCUAGGCCACCAAGUGUGAAAAGUUCUCAGGAACUUGAACUGGAGGAGCUGGAGAAGGCCCCCAAGUUCAGGGCCAAGCCACUAAACAAAAAGAUUCUUGAGAGUAAGGGAGACAUUGGAGUGUUUGUCCAUCCUAAGUCUCAGGUCACAGCUCCCAAAGAAUUCCGUUUUUGUACCGAUGUUCGCUUGGGUCCUCCAUCAGUUGCUGACUUAUUUGACAAGCUCUCUCUUCACUCUGAAUGUUCUUCAAACAGUAACAGGCAAGGUGUGCCUAGAUGCACCAUACCAAACCCUUUCAGUCUACAAACAGAGGAAAGAGGUCAAUUAAAAGAGAGGCAGCUAGAAGCACAACUCUUACAAAAGAAGGUGGAGGAGGAAAAGGCCAGGGUUCACAAAGCUAACCCUUACCCAUACACCACAGACUAUCCGAUGGUGCCGCCGAAGCCUGAACCUAAGCCCUGUACGAGACCAGAAGGCUUUCAACUAGAGAGUUUGGUGAGACACGAAUUAGAGCAGCAAAGGCUGAUGGAAGAAAGGCAGAGAAUGGAGAGAGAAGAAGCUCAGAGGAGAAUCGUCAAAGCUCAACCUGUACUGAAAGAGGACCCUAUCCCACUUCCGGAGAAAGAGCGGAAACCUCUCACUGAAGUUCAACAAUUUGUGUUGCAUGUUGAUGAGAGGGCUGUGCAUAGAUCAGAAUUUGAUAGCAUGAUAAAAGAGAAAGAAAAGACUUACAAAAGGUUGAGAGAGGAGAACGAAUUCGCGCAAAAGAUUGAGGAGGAGAAGGCGCUGAAGCAGCUGAGGAGAACCAUGGUGCCACAUGCCCGGCAGGUCCCCAAGUUUGACAAACCAUUCCGACCACAGAAAUCGACGAAGCAGGUGACAAGACCGAAGUCGCCACAGCUUCAGGUGGAUGAGCGAGGGGCGAGGAGGCAUGCUUUAAUCAGAUGACCACCAUCCUCGCCUCAAGAUCUCUGCGACGUUGUUUAUGUAUCUGUUCGUCGGGCUACUAAGAUUCUUUUUUCGCUGACCAAUUUGUAGAGCAGGCCAGCAACCCAUUGCCGCUGCUGUGUGUGUAGGUUGGUGAUGUUUUAUGAUUAUCUCAAUGAUGACACUUUUUAAUCGGAUAUACCUUGUGUAUUCUCGGACACGUAUGGAACUUAGCGCUCCACACUCGCAUGUUUCCCCGCACACCUCGUCGCCAAUGUAGAUUUUGCAUAUUCAGAAAUCUCAUUAGCUCGUCCAA